AUCAUAUUAGUUCGUAUAAACCAUUUUCCAGAUGCCAUUAAAAUGCCAAGCAAGAUUUACCCGUUUACAUUGGCGCGAACAUCCAUAGAUUUAAUACCUCGCAAAAUGGCAUGGGUAAACCAAAAUUCGUUUAGUCAGUCAAUGAAGCCUUUGUUAUGGUGUUUGAAGAUAGCUGGUCUUCUACCCGGAAUACCAUUGAUAAGUGGAGGAAAUACGGAUUCGGAUAAUAACGAAAUAUCUCCCGAACGUGUGAGGAUUAGAUCUUGUUCUGGAAGAGUAUAUACAGUUUAUUCGAUCGUUGUGAUUUUGAUUUUAUGGUAUAAUUUAGCACUCUCGUUAACAGCAUUUGUUAGCGUCACACAGUUUAAUGGCAUUGUUUGUAACCAGAUUAUCACUUCAAUGUGGUUUCUACAAAUUGCCUAUUGUGCAGUUUGUAACUUUUUCGUCUGCAAACACCUGAAAGUCUUUUGUGUCCAGUUUGACGAUGUUGCCAAAUCUAUCAACUUUACUAACUAUUAUUUCAUAAGAAAAUGUGCAAUAGGUGCGACAGUUUUGUACGUCGUAUGGAUGCUGAUUGCGUUCACGUUCACUGGACUUGGAUCUUAUUUCCUAGCAGCCGGAAAUGUUGGAGGGCCGUUUGGAGAAGUCAGCUUUGGAGUAGGAAUUAUUGUUCGCAUUGCAUUUCUGGUAACAUACUUUUACUUCACGUCUACAUGGUAUUUGAUCGUGGCUUCAUUUUUCGUGGUCUCUCUUGUUCUAACAAAAAAGUUUAGACAUUUCAACAGGAAUUUUCAAAAAUGCUUUGAAGAUGGAAAAUUUAAAGGCGACAUUGAAACGACCCGUAUGCAGCAUGAGCAUUUGUCAAGAUUACUGUUUCAAGCCGACAAAGUAUUUUCUAUGUAUGUAAUGUCCUCUAUUGGUACCGUGAUCCCGUUGAUAAUUUUUACCCUUUAUUUUCUCCUGUUUGAAUCCAUUGACGUGUUCUCAUUUAUAGCCACGUUAUGGUCAGCAUGCCUCAGUAUUAUACAGAUGAUGGUAGUGUUUCUAGGAGGAGGUUUCGUCAACCAUGAGGCACAUGCAGCACUGGAAUAUGUUUAUGGAAUUGAUAUGAACGUUAUGGGACCAAUUCACUGUCACCAGCUGAACGUAUUUCUGUCCAAACUAACUGCGAACCAAAUUGGUUUUACUGCAUUUGGAUUGUUUACGAUAGACAAGCCUACCAUCAUUGCUUUUGCUUCCAGUAUUGUUACCUACACUGUUGUUGUAAUUCAGUUCAAACCGUCAGCAUCGGACCCAACAAGUUCUCUCUGUAACUGUACCCUUACAACAUGAUAUAGCUUAGUGAAUGAGGUUGUCGGAGAGAUUCACUUAUGAACAAAAACAAAACAAGUUUGGAAAAUUCGGGUGUGAUUUUGUAUCUUUCAAGAUUUUAUUGACCAGUUAUACUGUAUAUAUACAUUUGUAUUGCUUGUAUAA